AUGGCACGGAUCAUACCUGAGACAUUUCUCUUGUUUACCUUGGUUAUUUUUCCUUCUAUAGCUUUUCGAUUUGGAUUUGGACUUGAUUCUGGUUUGAGAAAUGAUGGUAAUAAUGCAGAAGAAUUCGGAAAUUUAAAGUCUGGCAAUGAAAUCGAAGAUUUAAAGGCUGGCGGUGAAAAUGGAAAAGAAAAUUUCGAUGCAGAAAAGCUAAUUAAAAAGGUUGCGGUUGAUGAUAGAGCUAAACUUAAGCAAGGAUUCUAUAGCCAAACUUGUCCUGAUGCUGAGAAAAUCGUUGCUGGUGCUCUUGCUGAAAUUGUUAAGGUUAAUCCAGAGGCAGUUGCUCACCUCGUUCGUCUUCAAUUUCAUGACUGUUUCGUUGUUGGAUGUGAUGCAUCAAUCUUGCUAGACUACUCGCCAACAGGAGACAAAGUAGAGAAAAGUUCAAUGUUCAAUGGUCAACUUCUCAAAGGAGCUGACAUAGUGGAUGACAUAAAAGAAAAGCUAGAAGAACUAUGUCCAGGAAUAGUGUCAUGCUCAGACACAUUAGCAUUCUCAAUCAAUGAAGGAAUGCACCUUUCUGGUUUGCCUCGUAGAGUGGCUCUUGGCGGCCGCAGAGAUUCGGUCUAUUCUCUCGCAUCCAUCGCGGAGGACAACAAUCUCCCACAGCCUAAUUGGUCAAUGGAAAAAAUGGUUUCACUCUUCAUAAAAAAAGGUUUCUCAAUUGAAGAAAUGGUUAUCUUACUCGGUGCACAUUCAAUUGGUUCAGCUCAUUGUGAUGUUUUCAUGGAAAGGGUUUUUAAUUACAAAAACACGAGGAACCCUGACCCUACGCUACCGGAUCCAGUGGUAAAAGAGUUUCAAGGUAUCUGUAAGGAUGCUGGGACACGGCAAUUUAGAAACCCACCUGUGAAUUUUGAUGAGACACCAACAGUUCUUGAUAACUUGUUUUACAAGAAUAUGCUGACGAAGAACAGGACGGUAUUGGUUACAGAUUCUCAUUUGAUUAAUGAUCCUAGAACAAUUCCUAUUGUUGCGAAGAUGGCAGCUGAGAAUGGUUUGUGGCAAAAGAGAUUUGCUGAGGCUAUGGAUAAGAUGGGUGCUUUGAAUGUUCUUACUGGAAACGAUGGUGAAGUGAGGAAGACUUGCAGGGCCACUAAUAUUUAA